AUCUCGUGGUGAUAUGCGAGUAGAGACCAACCAAAGUCAAAAAAUUACUUUGCGGACAGCACAGCUAGAAGAACCAUAAGAGUGAUUAUUGUGAGCGCUCGAAAACGGUGGAAACUUGUGGAAAUUGGUUCACUUCCUGGCGUUUGUUCUUUCGAAAUUAACCAGAAAUACGUCGGUAAAUCGGUUUGCUAUGUUCCGCGCGGUGCCAAAUAGUCGCAAUCGGUAAAGAACUUGGGAAGCUUGAAUAGAAUCUAGCCGUCAUCGUCAUCACAAUCAUCAACUCCGUCACCGUCUUUGCAGCAGUAGCAACAACGCAAGGCGAAAGAAGGCAGCAUCAAAAGAUCACCCGUUAUGGUGGAAAAGAAGGUCGUCGCCGCCGCCGCUCAUUGGCUCACUUUCCGCUUUCGGCAUGGAACGAAACAUCGGCAGCCGCAACAGCCUGCUGCGUUCUGAUGGAUAAGAUUUUCUUCCGCGGAAGGGUCGUGACAGAUGUAGGCAAAUCCGUGCUAUGUACAAAAUGUGAACGCAAGUAAUAAAAAUUUGCAUACUGACAAAAAAUGGAACGUUUUCCAAUAGAUUUCGACCGAAUGCUGUAAAGAAGUUUCGUAGCAUGAUGUUCUCAGUGCGAUGAUUGUCAAAACAAACGCGAAGUGUAUAUACGCUGAACCUUCAACCAGUUUUUAAAAUCUCUAGUGUAAAUAGUGCGCUACUGAGGAAGAUAAAAGGGUUUUUUUUAUUUAUUUUAUGUGACGAGACGUAAGAAGAAACAAUACAAUCAAAGAUUUCAACGCGGUCAACAAUCCGGUACGAUCUGGUACGGUAACAAUUGUCACUCGGGACAAUCAACAGCCUGAAUCACCUGGUUCAACACGAGUAUCAGAAGGAGAGCGGCGGCAGCCACCAUGGGAAGCUGCAUCGGAAUCAAUCGCAACGAGCCGGAAACACUCGACACUGGAUCCGCCAACAUAACCCGGCCUGUGACGGUAAAUACCUCCAGCUACGUCGGGGUGCAGCGCAAGAAUCAUCCGCUGUGCCACGAAACGAUCCGCUGGAAAUCAGAAGUGCCAUUAACGGAGGGUCAGCUGCGCAGUAAGCGGGACGAGUUCUGGGACACGGCACCCGCCUUCGAGGGCCGAAAAGAGAUCUGGGAUGCUUUGCGGGCGGCCACCAGUGCGGCAGAAGCGCUCGACUUCCAGCUGGCACAAGCCAUCCUGGACGGGGCCAACAUUUCCGUUCCCAAUGGGUAUCUGACUGAGUGCUACGAUGAGCUCGGAUCGCAGUACAAGCUGCCCAUCUACUGUUUGUCCUAUCCAAUCAACAUAGUUAAGGAAGAUUAUGGACGCGACUCACCUGCGGAAUACUCGGAACCAGUCGAUGGCGGUACUGAAAUUAUCCUAAAGUUGCGACUAUCGUCCACAUGUACAGAUACAAAAUUACCAGUGUAUUCUAAAGACACAAUCGGUCAGUGUAAAAAGAAGUUACAGGCCCAAGAAGGGAUCGAUGCAUUUACCCAGCGGUGGUUCUAUGGGGGCAAGCUGUUAGGUGAUAAGAUGCACAUCGAAGAGGCCCACAUACAGCCUGGCUACAUAGUGCAGGUUAUUGUAAAUACCGAGAAACAGUCGUCACUGGCGAUUAGCUAGCCGAAGAACGAUCGCAUCGCACAGCAGCGAACAACAGCGCGAUGUAAACGAGUGACAGAUGUUCGGAGAUUGGGCGGCAAUCUGGACAUCGUAUUGACGGUUCCCAACCCAAACGUUGGCUGCCAAAGUUCAGAUGUGUUGAUAAAUAUAAAAUACUAUCCAAACAAGAGAUUUGAUACCGCUACGAUACCGGUGUGUGCAGACUCGGGUGCACCCAUGGCAAACAUGGUCCCUCCUGGCCUUGAUCGUUACUGAAUGCAGCUUUAGGGAUGUUGAGUGCAAAAUAAAGAAUAAACAUGAUGCUGUCGGUAUAAUAGAGAAAAAAAGAACUUAAUUUAAGUGACUAGUUAUUAAUAUACUGAUAAGAGGUAAUUAUUAAUAUAUUAUCAAUCAAUAACAAAGCAUAUUUAAAUUUUA